AUGAUCGCCUCUCACCUGCUACCCCCCCUGAUCUUUCUGGAGCAGCAGCCCGCCUACUCCUCGGUUGUGAUCGGGGCCCUGGUGGUGUGCCUCGUAUGCCUGGUCUGGCCGACAGAGAGCGCAAAGAGAGCGCCGCCUGCCCCGAAUUUCGGCGUGCCUCGCAUCGGGGACGCCGCUGCCUUCCUUGCCGAUCCUGUGGGCUUCGUACAGAAGGCCACGCAGAAAUGUGGAUCGAUCUUCCAAAUCAAGCUCCUGGUCGCGAAUCUGGUCUACCUGCGCGGGGUCAAGCUCAAUCGCAUGUAUACCGAUGUCAAGGAGGACACCUGGUCAUUUGGGGGUGGAAUUGGUCUGUUUCUCCGUAAGAUCGCCAAGCCGGGGUACUUUGACCACCUCCGAACGCUCGUGAACUCUCUCAACCGCGGGGUGAACCGCAAGGCAGCGUUGGAGCAUUACUUCCAGCUGAUCGAAGAGGAGGCCGGGAAGGCUCUUCAGGGCUGGAGCCAGCGCGGUGCCGUCCCAGUAUUCGAGGAAACCUCCCGGUUUGUGCACCGGGUGAUUGUCCGGUGCUUGAUGGGUCAGGACUUCUACGACCAUCGUCUGGACGAGCUCUACGAGAUCCUACACCACAUGGAGGCUGACAUCGGGCACCCCUUCAAUCUGUUGCUGCCCGACUGGAUUCCCCACCCCGCGGCGCGCCGGCUGGAGCAGAAUCGAGAUCGCUUUGCUCAGAUCUUCGAGCAGCAGGUGGCCGAUCGGCGCCGGAAUCCGGAGAUCUGGAGGGAUUCCCUCGACUACAUCUCCUUCACCCUGGAGGAUCCCCGCACCGCGCAUCUGGAGGGAUAUCUCCCUUCCCAUCAUACGGUGUUGAUGUUUGCAGCCCACACCAGCACGGUGGCCAGCAUCUCGUGGACCAUUCUUGAGUUACUACGCAACCCUGACUACUUGGCCCAGCUACGGCAGUCCCUGGCCGCGCAUCCGGACGCGCGAAAAUGCCCCGAGCUACUGGCCGGGAUCAAAGAAACGGGCCGGCAUUAUUCAGGCGUGCAUAUGUUUCGCACGACCCACCGUGCGGUCGAGCUGGAGGGAGGCAAGUACCUCGUUCCCCCGAAUUGGAUUGUCUCCAUCUCGCCCUACCUGACCCAUCAUGACCCGGAGAUCUUCCACACCCCACAGCACUGGAUCCCCGAGCGGUGGCUGCAGCCGGACGAUCGGAUGCAGAACCUGAACAACCCCCGCGAGGCGGCAUUUCUGCAGUUCGGCGCCGGCUGCCAUCGCUGCCCCGGGGAGGCGCUGGCCGGGAUCAUCGCCCAGGGUCUCCUUGCAACGCUGGUGCGCCGGUAUGAUAUGGUUUGGGGCAAGGAGGGCCCCCCGACGGACCUGACUGCUCUGGACUUUAGCAAAGUAGGAAGUCCCUGGCUUGAGGGCGAUGCGUCUAUUGCUAUUAGGCCGAAGGUGGCGGAGUAA